ACCUCCUUUAGGGUCCUAACCUGGUGCUGCACGUUUCAGGGACAACUCGAGAACGCUUAGUUGCUUUUGCUUCCCGACGCGAUAUGGAUGACGAAGAGGAGACCUAUCGGCUAUGGAAGAUCCGAAAGACCAUCAUGCAGUUAUGUCAUGAUCGGGGCUAUUUGGUGACCCAGGAUGAAUUAGAUCAGACUUUGGAAGAGUUCAAAGCCCAGUUUGGGGAUAAACCUAGUGAAGGACGGCCUCGACGCACUGAUCUGACUGUAUUGGUGGCUCACAAUGAUGACCCCACUGACCAGAUGUUUGUCUUUUUCCCAGAGGAACCAAAGGUUGGUAUAAAGACCAUCAAGAUGUACUGUCAACGGAUGCAGGAGGAGAACAUCACCAGGGCCCUCAUCGUGGUGCAACAGGGCAUGACACCCUCUGCCAAGCAGUCACUGGUUGACAUGGCUCCCAAGUAUAUCCUAGAGCAGUUUCUACAGCAGGAGCUGCUCAUCAAUAUCACAGAACAUGAGUUGGUUCCAGAGCACGUUGUCAUGACAAAAGAGGAAGUCACUGAGCUGUUGGCACGAUAUAAGCUUCGAGAAAACCAGCUGCCCAGAAUCCAGGCAGGAGAUCCUGUAGCACGUUAUUUUGGAAUAAAACGAGGGCAGGUGGUUAAGAUCAUAAGACCCAGUGAGACUGCAGGCAGAUACAUCACUUACCGACUGGUGCAGUAAUGGGCUGCUUGCUCCCCAAGAAACAUCCCUGGAACUCUGUCACCCAGACCUGGGAAGGGGCCCACUUCCACGAGACUCAUUGUGUGCUGGUGUGCAUGCUGCCCAACCCCGUGAAGAAAGCAUGUGUUUUCUUGCUUGUUCAACAGGACUGAAACUGGAGACAAGAAGUGGCCUGGGUUCACAAAAUAAAACGUAUGUCGCAGCUCUUGUAUCUUGGUCUCUCAACCACCCUUUGCAGAGCUGCCCCAGAUCUGGCUAGUAAUCUGCUCUGAUCACUGCCUAAAACCUAGUGUCUCUGGGGUAAAUGACUAACAACUCUUCUUUGACCUUUCCUCUCUUCCCAUCAUGCACCACUCCUGUGUUCCUCUAGAGAAACAGCUUUCCUUUGCUGUAAUGCCUUUUGUAGGCUUCACUUCCUACCUGUAACCUUUUCCUUAAUUUUUGCCUAUUGAAGUUACUCAUAUCUUAGUAAAGGGAUGAUGUGGCAUGGUGGAAGCGGGCAUUGGACUGAGGAGCAGAGUUUGAAACCUCAUGAGCCUUUUGUGUCACUAUUAAAUGGCAGCCCUACCUUAGAGGGUUUUUAAAAAUGUCUUAGUUCUAGGAAGAGCAGUAAGUAAGGGCUAGGCGGUCAGGGUUAAGUGAAUUGGCCAGCGUCACAGAGCUAAGACAAGUGUCUGAGGCCAGAUUUGAACCAGGUCCUCCCAGAUUCCACCCACUGUUCUACCUACCUACCCCUCUUACCGUAGGGUUUUUGUGAGAGUGAAAUGGAUGUAAAGUGCUUUGCAAACCUCAAAGCACUAUGUGAACACGAGUUAUUUAUUUCUCCUGUAAAAGUGAUCUCAUUUUCUAGUUUUAGAUAUAGUUUGCCUUCUACACAUUCUACUUUGUUUUGUUCUUGUUUGCACAUUACUCUGUAGGAUGUAUCAUUUUUCUUUUUUGUAUCCCCAAGUGCCUAGUACAGUGCCUCGUUCAUGCCAGGUACUCAAUAAACAGUUUAAUUGAAA